AUGAUCGGAACCGUUUUGCGUGACAGUCGUCAGGCCGAACUGCUGAAAUGCAACUUGUUCACUCAUUCUGAGGGUCAACAGGGGGCGUGGGUGGGCUCGAGACGAAAGUGCAGCUGGGUCGUGCCGUCGGCGCGCACUGGAACUAGAAAUGGACCCAAGCAUUUGAUCGUUGCUAGGCCUGAGGCCAAGCGGGCGAGGGGAAGGGGGGCGGUGAAAAUAGGCUCGACGGAGACGGAAUGGAGGCUGGAAAGCGACAUCACUUGUGCAUUGACAAUGUCACGCACAACCGCAACUUUCGUCUCUGCCAUGGCAGACUUGUCGCUUCCUGACGCUGCCUUUCUCAGACAGCCCAUCCGUUCAGCCACGCCAGACAGCCAGCCACCCAGCCAGCCAGCCAGCCAGCCAGCCAAUCAGCCAGCUUAA